AUGGAGGCGACAGCGGCAGAAGCCGUGAGCGAGGCAGAAGCCGUGAACGCGACAGAAGUCGUGACCGUGGCCGCAGCCAAGAGCGACAUCGUGGAAGCGAACGUUACGGCGGAGGCCGUUAUGGAGGCGACAGCGGCAGAAGCCGUGAGCGAGGCAGAAGCCGUGAACGCGACAGAAGUCGUGACCGUGGCCGCAGCCAAGGCGUACGAAGCGCGACUUGAAGAUGAGUGCCGUAGGAAGAACAUCCAGUUCCGUGAACAUGUGACAAGCUACGUGGCGUGCUUCUCGGACAAGCAAUUGCUGCGUACCAUGAUGUCGAUCUGGAAGAUCCGCGGGGAGCCCGAAGACAUGUCCGAGCAAAUCCUCAAGGACAAGCUUCAAGACAUAGCCAAGAAGCCAAUGAAUGACGUCGACCCUGACUUGGAAAGUCUAUUCGAUGAUAUCGAGUUCAACAUGCGUGAAGAAGAUGCGACCAUGCGUGCAACGGACUACAUGAUGCUGCCUGGCAAGGUGAGCGAGUACACCAAGGACGCCUUCAAGAAGAAGUGGCACCCAGUCGACUUUGAGUGGGGUGACCUGAUCCAAAUCGUGGUGGAUAUAUCCGUGGAACAACAAUCGCAUUGGGGUGCUGGCGCUGGAAAGCGGAGUGGGACCAAGAGCCCGAAGCACAAGAAGAGCAAGCACGGCCAUGAUUAUCAAAAUCGUGGCGAAGACAAGAUGUCUAGUCGAGAUGACGGAAGGCAGCAAAGCCGUGCACGCGACCAGGCGACCGAAGCCGAGGGCGCGAACUAA